AUGAGUCACAUCAUCGACCCUUCCCACAGAAACCCCCCGGCCAACCGUCGGGCGGUCGGGGACCAGUUCAGCACAACCCAACCUAGCGUUGCCCAGCACCUCGGUCACCAGACAAAGCCCACAAAGUCCAAGAUUAACACCAAAUCACCCGAGUAUAUCGCCAACUACAAGGAGAUGCUCGAGAUGGUCGACCAGCUUAACGAGCGUCUCCAGGAGGCCACCUUCCAGGGUGCCGACCGUCUCCUGGCUAUCCACCACAAACGUGGCUCUAUCCUCGCCCGUGAUCGCCUCGAGCUAUUGUUGGAUGACGAUUCUCCAUUCCUGGAGUUGUGCCCUCUGGCUGGUUAUGGCCAAGACGACAUGACCAUCGGUGGUUCCCAAGUCGCUGGUAUCGGUCUCGUCUGCGGUAUCGAGUGCAUGGUCUCCGCUAACGUUCCCACUCUCCAGGGUGGUGCCUCCAACGCCGCCACCCUCGCUCGUGGUGAGCGUCUCGGCCGUAUCGCCUGGGAGAACCGUCUCCCCCAUAUCCAGCUCGUUCAAUCUGCCGGAGCAAACCUUGCGCAGCAGUCCCGCGUGUUCCACCCUGGCGGACGUGUGUUCCGUCACUUGGCCGAGAGGCAAGCACAGUUCUUGGAAGCCGUCAUACCUCACCAUCUUCAAGCUCGCUACGGGUCCAAAUGGAAGGAUAUCACCAACUUUGACAAGGCCAGUGGUGGCCGUAUCAAGGAGGAGGAAAUGAAGUGGGACAGCAAACGGCUUGCACUACCGCUCAAGGUUUUACAAGAGCAUUGGGUUGUCUUUGCGGAUACUUACGAACGACCCAGUCAGGCUCGUAAGGCCCGAGAGAGUGUGGAUCGAUUGCAGUCGUUUGCCAAGUCUUGGACACGAGUGGAGGUUUUCGGAUUGGGUAAGGUCUACAAGAAGGAUAUGAGGGUCUUGUUGGAGGAUGUCAAUGUAGUCCCAUCGAGGAUUACUACCCUUCCUGACUCGGUUGAUUUGGGUUCAUUACCAGGCACGGCGUCGUUCUAUGAUGCCAAGGAGAGGAUUACGUUGAUGAAGGACUGGCGAGCGGAAUACGAUCGAUUGGAUGACUAG